GAUGGACCAUAUUUAGAAAUUAUUGAAGAACCACAAUCAAAAGGUUUCAGAUUUAGAUAUGCUUGUGAGGGCAAGUCUCAUGGAGGUCUACAAGGGGUGAACCACAGAAAGGAUAAGAAAACAGUUCCCACUGUCAAGAUUAACAGAUACAGUGGUAUGGCUAGACUGGAAGUUACUUUGGUGACAGAUGAAAAAAUUCCCAGACAUCAUGCUCAUGAAUUAAUUGGGAAAAAUUGUGAAAAUGGAAAAUGUGUUGUGAAUGUGAAAGGAGAUAAUCCAAUUAUUGGGUUUCCAAAUCUGGGAAUCAAGCACAUUACAAAGAAAAAUUUAGUAAACGUUUUAAUAGAUAAACUGAGAGAAUCGCUCAAAAUUGAAAAGUUUUGCUAUGGCAAUUUUGAAGAAGAAGAUAUAAAAAAGAAAGCGGAAGAACAAUCAAAAAGUCUUCAAAUGAGUGUUGUUAGAUUGAAAUUUCAAGCGUAUCUUAUUAAUGACGCAGGAUUUACAACAUUGCUGCCACCCGUUUAUUCUGCUCAAAUUUAUGAUAGCAAAGCGCCUCGAGCUUCCCUUCUGAAAAUAUGUAGGAUGGAUCGAGUUAGCGGUUGCAGUGCUGGAAAUGACGAAGUUUUUCUACUUUGCGAUAAAGUUCAAAAAGAUGAUAUAAGUGUGAGGUUUUUCGAGCAAGACGAAGAAGGCAAUGUUACAUGGGAAGAUUAUGGUGUGUUCUCGCCGCAAGAUGUUCACAGACAGUAUGCAAUUGUGUUUCGGACACCAUCAUACCCAGACAAUAAAAUAAAGAACUCACAAAGUGUUUUUGUCCAACUUAAAAGAUUAUCAGAUGGAGAAGUGAGUGAUCCCAAAACGUUCACCUUCUUCCCUAAGUUACAAGGUUUGUUGUCAGAAAUUGAUAUGCUGCUUUUAAUUGUAUUUUUAACAAAAUUUACGCACUUGCUUUGA